AUGCUGGACCAAAAGGAUUUCAAAGUCAUCAUAGUCGGCGGAGGUGUUGCAGGUUUAGCUCUAGCUAACAUGCUGGAGCAAUACGGAUGGGACUACCUCAUUCUCGAAUCGCACUCCGCUAUCGCGCCACAGGUGGGCGCAAGCAUCGGGAUGUUUCCCAACGGCCUCCGUAUACUCGACCAACUGGGGUUGUACGAUCCGAUCCACGACCACUUUGAAGGCCAGACUCGUUGUGAGACAUUCUACACUCGACGUGCUGACGGCACAGUUAUUUCACAACUAAAUGAUGUCCGAACACAUCUAGAGAGGAGCUUUGGCAUUGCGAAGAAUGUGCCCGGCUGGGUCGAUGGCACUCAACACACCAUUGUCGGCCAGGGCAUAAGUCAGCUUGUCGUAUCCGGGCCGGAAAAUAAGGUGUACUGGUUCUUAUUCGAGAGGCUUUCGCGACCUAAUUAUGGAAAGGACAUUACUCCAUAUUCACGGGAAGACGAGGCAGAAUUCGUCAGGCUGCACUAUACGCUGCCUGUGACAGAAAACAUCACCUUCGGCCAAAUUUACGAGGCCAAGUCAACGUCGACGCUCACCCCGUUGCAUGAGGUGGUCUACAAGAAAUGGUUCUACAAGCGCAUAAUCACGAUCGGAGAUUCAGCCCAUAAGCCAAAUCCUGUCGGUGGUCAAGGAGCAAACGGGGCCAUCGAAUCGUGUGCCGAGCUCAUCAACGCAAUAGUGCGCAUGAAGGAUGGUCGUGGCGGAGACCUCAAAGGCCUUACCACUGAGGAAGUCGUUCAAGUCUCACAUGAGAUGCAAACGGCCAGACACGAGCGGGCGGAGUUGAUCGUCAGCAGCUCACAUCAGAGGCAAGCCUUGUUCGCUUUUGAGAAGCCUCUGCAAUCGAGGCUCAUCAUCGACUGGAUUUCACCUGUUUUUGGGAGCGAGCCAUUAUUGAAUCGCAUAGCCUCCAACUAUCUUGGGGCUACCAUAAUCAAGACACUCCCUGUACCGCGUCGGGAGCGAUCAAUUCCCUUCAACGAUGAGUUGCAAUCCACACCAGUACCCAACAAGGCCUCAGCAACCGGGCGUCGCAUCAUGAUUGGCUUUAUGGCUCUUGCUCUUCUGGUUACGUCUACUGCAUGGCGAGUUGACCUCGACGAACCUCAGGGCUUGGGGCCGAAAAACGUCACCAGACCCUUCGACAACGUUGUGGCUGUACCAACUCCAUCUGCCUUGGGCAUUGAAGCUGUUUCGAGGCUGAGUAUCAUCUAUCCCUGGACUCAGUAUGUCUCGCCACUCCUCAUUUACACUGUGGAGGGAUAUCGCAUUGGCAACCAGGCCACGCCGCUCGCGAUGCCAUUACUCUUCUCGGCGGCGAUAGGACUCGUAGGCAUCAACCUCGCUGCGCCGUUGCAUGCAAUCCUGAGCGCUAUAUGCAGUAACGAAAGGCCAAGUGGACGUGCAGUUCCUCUCGAAGUUGCCAGAUCCCUUGUUCCAGCACUUACUCUGGGCUAUAUCCUGCCUUCAAUACUCGCCAUAAUUCCACUCCUCGGCGUCAAGAGAGUGGACUUGUUGCGUUUCGCCCCAUGUCUUUUCAGCGUUUUGACUAGUCUGUUUACCUCGGGUCUCAGGUCAUGGCAGUGGCACAGCUGCUCUACCACCAAGGACAGAAGCCGACCUGAUAUGGAUCGAUACACCAAGCGCGACUUGCAGACCCUCAAGUCGACAUACAGCUUUGCCUUUGGUAUCCAGGCCACGGCACACCUGAUAACUCUAGGUGUUACUUGCUACAGUUCAAGUGCGUUGGUCAACAGAACGCUCCUGCGAUCGACGAACCUCUUCAUACCUGAUAAUUCCUGGCCAAACAUAGGAGAUGACUUCGAUCUCUUGCACAAGUAUGACUUGAUGGCUGGGCUGGCUGCCGUUUUUGCAUCAAAAAUUUACUCGAUUUGGGACUUACGCCGCCUCGGGUACAUCAAAACGUUGGAAGCCAUCCAGGUUGUUGUCGGUGUUGUAGCAGGACAGAUCCUUGUUGGGCCGGGAGCCACCUGGGCGGGACUCUGGUACUGGCGGGAGUCAGUAAUUGCCACCCAGUCUGUCUAA